AUGUUAGAUUCGACGCAAACGUGUGAUUUAUCAGGCGAUCGUGGUGCUACGAGCCCUGAAUUAACCGACAUGAAAUCCAAUCAAGUUGAUAUUAACCAUCUAUUGAGUGCCGUCGAUACCGAGAUGACGAUGGGGAGUGAAAAAGGUGACCCCACGGAGCGACAAUUGACUGUCAAAUUGGAAGACAGACCGUUAUGGGAGAAAUUUAAGGAAUAUACGAACGAAAUGAUCGUUACGAAGAACGGCAGGCGAAUGUUUCCAGUGUUUAGAGUCUCUGUAUCAGGAGUGGAUCCUAACGCCAUGUACACCUUACUCUUGGAUUUCGUACAAGUUGAUAACCACCGAUGGAAGUAUGUGAACGGAGACUGGGUGCCCGGCGGCAAGGCUGAACCAGCUGCCCCUAACUGUGUAUAUAUCCACCCCGAUUCCCCUAAUUUUGGAGCGCAUUGGAUGAAAGAGCCUUUAUCAUUCAGUAAAGUGAAAUUGACGAAUAAAUUAAAUGGUGGCGGACAGAUUAUGUUAAAUUCCCUUCAUAAAUACGAACCAAGAAUUCAUAUCGUUAGAGUCAACUCCAGAACACAGAAAAAAAGUAUCAUGACAUUUAGCUUCCCUGAAACACAAUUCAUUGCAGUCACAGCUUACCAAAAUGAAGAGAUAACAUCUUUAAAAAUCAAACAUAAUCCAUUUGCCAAAGCCUUUUUAGAUGCCAAAGAAAGACCCGAACAACGAGAAUUUAUAGAUGAUCCUUUAAUGAAUGACCAAAGAACAUUUUCACAUUUAACGGGUACAUGGUAUUUACCUCCAGGAAGUCAUGCUCUAGUCCCACCCCCAGCUCAUCAAUUCACCAACCCCCUCGGUUUGUCUAAUCCUCAUGGCUGUGAUCGACUCUCAUUACGGAAUCCACGACCCUCACCUUAUUCUCAUCCUUACCAACGACGAUCACCUCCAGGUAAUUUCUCUCGGGAUAUGGGCUCGAAUUUACCAAUGUUAAACCUAACAGAAAACUGGGCACAUAUGUCGGCUGGUAGCCAUAGCAUGUUACCAAGCAAUCCAAGCAGUAGUCAAGGCAAUUAUGGAAUGUGGAUGAGCGGUGCAGUUGGAAAUUUAUCUCCAAAUCAAAAUUGUGCAAUGCCUUAUCUCCGCACCACUGCACCCUAUUCCUUCCCAUCAUCCACUACGACAGUGACGAGUAUCCCACCCGUCCCAUCAGCUUCUAGUGUUGUGUCUCAGGCCUCUUACGAACAUCCUUGUGAUAUCUCUACCUACAGUACGGCACGUGAUAGCGCUCGAACGAACUGGAGUCCCUUAACACCGCCUCCAUUAUGA